AUGGCCUUGUACUACUGCGGCGUUUUCCAGAACCCCCUUUCAGGAUUGUGCUUCAUCCGUCUUCACAAACGAUGUGAUGCGCAAUUGGAAGAACUUGGGCAGAGCCCGGGUUCAGAUCUCGAUAUCGCUCGAAGAGACGUCUGGGGCUAUACCCUCAACAUGAGCGCAAUAUGGGCCACCUUUUACGCUCAACCCGCUUUACCACUCCUCUCCAGUUCUCAUCAAAGACCACCAUACGUGUAUGCCUCAGAGCCUGACGAGAACGAGCGACGGUUGUCGCUAAUGGGAAGAUACCAUUUCCACCUAUCUCGCUUCGGUUUGAAAGCACUCGAGGCAAAUCACCUAGUAAGACUUCCUAUUACAACCCGAGUGCAGCGGAUGCGUGAAGCAGCGAACAACCUUCUGAAUUGGCGAGAAAACCUACCUGCAGAGAUCACCUGGCCUCCUACUCCUGUUGGGCCACUUAUGCACCCCAAUACGAUCGUCACUCAUGGAAUGCAUGCCACAUAUGUUAUCCUUGCCUUUCGGCCAUAUAUUAUCGAAAUUGGCGGUGGUGCAAGCCUGGUGCCAGAAGCGCUUGAACGGUGUAGCGCCUUGAUCAUGGAAUCACGCUGCUUAUGCGUAACGGCUGAAGCUAGACAAACUGCUUUAAACUCACUCAACUUGCUACAAAACAUGUUAGACGAGUUUGGAGUGAUCUGGGAUGCUGCACGCAAUACAGCCGCAUCACUCAGGCAACUUCAGACAGAGUGCGAUCCUGUACAACCAGGCUUGGAUAUCCUGAAUGAUCUCUCGAAUUUGAUACAGUCAGACAAUUUUGCAUUCUGA